GUCCAGAUAUCGUUGAUGAUCCCACCACAGUUGUAAGCGGAGAUGAUGAGAAGAAUACAAAACAUUUUGCAGCGCUUUUGACCAACCGUAACCAACUGGACUCAGCUGAUAUAAUGAUGUAUUCUGCAAGUGGAUCUUUCAAGCAAUAUUCGGCCACAGGACGUUUCUCAUUCCACAAACGGAAUCUCUAUUAUUCCUUCUAUACUAGCACCAGUCUCAGACCCAGAGGUCUGCAAUUUGUCGAUUUGAAGGGAAAUAUUCUCGAAGAACAGGUUUUGCCAGCUGGUUCAGUGUACCAAAAUAAGACGGGGAAAAUUUGCGGCGUUUGGAGGAGAAUACCCAGAGAAUAUAGACGACUGAUAAGGGAUGAAAAAUUGCUGGUCAAUUUGCUAUGGGAUAAAGCAGAAUUGACUAUCACCGGACAACUCUACAGAUACCGAGCUCUCACCACAGAGCUCUACAGCAUCCUUUUAGAGGGCACCAAUGAAGAUCCAACUACGUUACAGCAGGCCGGUACAGCACUUGUAUCGGUGUCCACAACUGCACCCUCUCUCCAUCUCACCGUCAUCUUCACGGGUAUUUUUACCAACGACGAGAUACAGAGUGGUAAAGAAGGAACGAUAUCUGUCAAACUCACCAGUCUAGAUGGCAAAACUGUCGUUUUUGAUGAGACGAUGAAAGUUGAAAAACCCUCCUCAGACCUGAACACAGUGGAGGUGCGCUCAGCAGUCUCUCACCAGGACCUCCAUCUUCUCAGCAACCUGCAACUGCAACUGGCCAUCUCCAAUCACAGGCAGCCAGCACUGGCCGUCAGUGGAGUGGCCAGACCACGCACCACGUGUGACGUGUAUGUGGGCACAGUGGUGGGCGAGCGAAGUGAGGCUGCCGGCCUGGCAUGGGUCUAUGUCAACCGGCAGGCGGCUCUAGACUAUCAUGUGCAGCUGGAUGGAUUGGGUCAGCAGCUGAGCAAGGAGGUGCAACUGAGUUUGG